AGAGAGAGAGAGAGAGAGAGAGAGAGAGAGAGAGAGUGGGCUGCCAACAUCUGGAGGACGGGAAUGCUCUUCUGAUACGGACAAGGCAAGAGCUCCAAUCUUUGGGAAAACUUCCAGGAAUUUGGCUGCUGGCUCACAGACGGCCGGGGCAGGAAUUUCUUUUUGUGGUUUUGCGGCAGGGUGAAGGCGCGUUUCAGAAAAUGACUGGGGAAGAAAAGAGCACACCGUCGCCGGAUUCUGUAAAAGUGGAAGAGGAAAAAAUGACUAAUGAAAAAAGUCCUACAGAUCAGGAGAACAACUACCUGAAUUCAGCAAAAUGCCCACCUCUGGACUUUAUUGACACUGGAAAAGGAUUAAAAGUCCAGACCGUAAAGCCUCAUCUAGUCAGCCUGGGGAGUGGACGUCUAAGUACUGCAAUUACACUGCUGCCUUUGGAGGAAGGCAGAACAAAGAUUGGACGUGCAGAUGCCCCUGCACCCCAGGAUAUAAUAAUAGAAGGACCUGGAAUUGCUGCAGAACAUUGCUUCAUAGAGAAUAAGAAUGGAAUCAUCACCUUGGAUCCUUGUGGAAACCUGUGUAUGUUAGAUGGAGUUCCUGUAACAAAGCCAACACAACUAACACAAGGUUACACACUUUGCCUGGGUAAAUCAUACUAUUUCCGAUUUAACCAUCCAGAGGAAGCAAGUCGAAUAAAGAACAUGCUGCCCCACCGAAGCCAAAUCACCUCUCUGAGUCCAACACAAGAUUUUUUGAGGUUUAAUAAUGACACUGGUCCUUCUUUGUAUAGCUCUGGUUCAAGCUCAAAACCUGUUAAAAUGCACAAUGACCUGCAGGAUAUAAUGGAAACACUUGCCAAGAAAAAUCUUACCGUGGAAAGCAACAUGAGACCUAAUGGAGAUUACACAAAUACAUACUUUGGCCUUUCACAGUCACCAAAUGCUAAUUCAGCCCCACUUUCUUAUAACUCUUUCUCUUCAUCACCUAAUCUAAAUCAGUCCCUUUCCUCCACGGGUAAAUUUUUUCUUACAGAGGGAUACCAACAAUUAGAAAGAUCACCUUUAUCAAUAAAAAUAACAUCAUCUAUCUCCAGCAGUAUGCCUCCAUCCCCAAGGCAACGUAUUACACCAGUGUCAGAUCUCAUAGACCUGCAAACCAGAGAAAUGGAGUUUUCACAUAGUCCUCCAGAACUGCUUCCAUAUUCCCGGGCUAGUCCAAGAAACAAGUCUCAUGAAAAUGUCUUCUUUUCGCCAAAUUCAGAUGGAAGAAAAACUCAAGUAGGUGCCCAGCUGUCUACAUGGAAUGGAGGUUGUAUAGGUGAUGGUCACUCCUCUAUGAACACUGGAGCUGCCAGCAUGCCUUCAAGUCCUCGACUAGCCAGAAGGUUAAACCUCCAGGAGACUCAGGCUCUACAGACAAGAUCAAGUCGAGCUGCUAAUGACUGUUGUCUUGAAAAUAGCCCUAGACAAAGGAAAUACUCUGGAGGUUCUUUGAAAAGUAUGGGAGCUUACAGUCGGUCCCUCCCACGACUGUAUAAGACCAAUGAAAGCCAGCUAUCUACUUUUAGUGUGCCUCCAAGACGAUCCCUUGAUAACCAGGCUAGAUCUUAUGCUACUGAUAUCUCCCAUAAUUGCAUUUCAGAUGGAGAUGUUUUCUCAUUUACCUCUGCAAAGCCACCCAGAAGUUGGUCAACCCUUGACCGAAACCCUGAUCCCAGUGUGAUAUCUAGCGUUCCGACCAGCCCUCGUGUGGCAAAAAAAAUGUUCCUAACAUCAACUAGCACAUCUAACAUGGAUUUUGAUAAAAGUAACCUACAAGGUCAAAGUUCAAGUCAGAUUUUUGGAACAGAGAGAAAGUAUUCACUGGGCAGAAAGGAGCUAGAAUUAAAUAAUGCUGAAACUUUUAAACUGAUACAAAGUGGCGCACUUCGAGAAAGAAGAGGCAGCAUAAGUUCUUUAAGUGGAAAGGAAGAAUUGAGAGAUUACCAUCAAAGACAAAGGGAUGAGAGACUCCGGGAGCAAGAAGUGGAGAAACUGGAACGUCAGCGUCUAGAGACCAUUAUGAGCUUGUGCUCGGAACUGACCAAAACGGACAAGGAUAAUGCAGUUACAACUGUGGCUGACCUGCAAAAAAUCAACAAAGAACUUGAGAAACUCCAGUUAACAAAUGAGGAUCCAGUGUUCACUGAUUCACUGCUUUGUCAAGAAAAUGGUUAUGACUCAAGGUCUAGAGAUCCUUCCAGAUCCCCAACGGUUUCUUUAUCUGGAUCACAUUGCAACACCCUAUUUAAUCACAGCAGCACCAGUGAGAAAGAUAUCCGAGAUUUAGGAUUUGGGCUCCUGCUAAGUGAUAGUUUGAAAUCCACACUGCUGUCCUCUUCUAGUGCACAGCUUUCUCCAAAUGCCUCUUUACAGCAUCGAUCAGCAAAGAUUUCCAACACGUUAGAAGAGGAGAGGAUAAAACAAGAAAUAGUUUGUGUGGAGGAUGAGCGGAUACAUGUUCUUAAUAAUCUGGAGGAGCUGGAACAGAAGAUCAAAGACCUCAGUAAUCAGAUGGAGGAGUCUGCACGUGAGCUUGAUAUGGAACGUGCAUUGUUGGAUGGGGAACAUGAUUCAGAAAUGACACAGCUGCAACAUGAAAAAGAAGUUUUGGACCAACUGAAUGGGAAGAUAGCUGAGCUUGAGACUAAUGUUAUUUCAGAAAAAUGCAAGGAAAAGGCUAAACUUGAUGCUGAAAGGGAAAAGCUAGAGAAACUACAGGAGCUUUAUUCUGAGCAGAAGACUCAACUUGAUAACUGUCCAGAGUCCAUGAGGGAGCAAUUACAACAGCAGCUUAAAAGGGAUGCAGAUCAUCUUGAAGUGGAAACUAAGAAGUUUGAAGAUCUUGAGUUUCAGCAGUUAGAAAAAGAAAGCCGACAAGAUGAAGAAAAGGAGAAUCUCACUCAGCAGCUGCUUCGAGAAAUAGCAGAAUAUCAGCGCAACAUUGUAACAAGAAAGGAAAGGAUUUUAACUUUGAAAAAACAGUCAACACAGAUUGCUCAACAGGCUCAGAAAGAAAAGGAUAAUUUUCUAAAAGAAAAAAACAAUUUAUUAGUCAUGUUGCAAAGAGAAAAGGAAAAUCUAAGCAGCCUUGAAAAGAAAUAUUCAGAUCUUACAGGAGGAAGAAGUUUCCCUGUCAACCUUAACAGCUUGAAAGAGGGCUAUGUCACAGUAAAUGAAAUCAAUGAGAUGUAUGGCAAGUCUGGAAACAUUUCCCUACCCUGUCAGCUCCCUCUGGAUACAGUCUGUUCCAAGCCAGAUAAGGAAGUUUCCUCAACAGAACAGACUGCCUUGUCACCUAAGGAAGAGUCCUUGCCACCCUCUUCUGUGUGCUCUGGUUGUGCCUCUCCUCGUCUUUCCUCUCUUCGUCCUGUUCCUAAACCUCCUUCUGUUCACUGGCCUGAAGUCAUGGUUACUUAUGUUGACCCUUCUCCUUUACCCGAUACUCCUUCUCCUCCUCCACUUCCAGCCAAAAAACACCGCCGCCAUCGACAGCAUUUCAGAUCAAUAGAAGAAAGAAAAAAAUCCUCCAAAGAAGGCAAUUUCAUGAGUGACACAUUACCAAGAAAGAAAAGUGCCCCAACUAUUUCACCCCACUUCAACAGCUCAACGCUGGGACGCAGCAUUACACCCAAAAAAUCUCAUAUGCCACUGGUUCAGAGUGCUAGCUGUGGCAGUGUACUUCCUCGAAAUCUUACAGUAUCACCGAAGGACAUUGACUCAAGAAGAAUACACAAAGUGAAGUCCAAAAAAGGGCAUAAUCAUGACCAUAUGAGUGAAGAACAAAGACAACGUUUGCCUGACUUUUAUAACAGAACGGCAUCUGAAUCUAAUGUUUAUUUGGAUUCUUUCCAUUAUGCUGACAACGGAUACAAGGAACGUGCAUUUGAUACACUGAGUAUCGAUAGCUCUGACAGUAUGGAAACCAGCAUUUCUGCUUGCUCUCCCGAUAAUGUUUCAAGUGCUAGUACUGCCAAUGUUGCCAAAAUAGAAGAGAUGGAGCGCCUUUUAAGGGAGGCUCAAGCUGAAAAGACACGCCUUCUUGAGUCAAGGGAACGGGAAAUGGAAGCAAAAAGGCAAGCUUUGGAAGAGGAAAAACGUCGACGUGAAGAACUGGAAAAGAGGCUGCAAGAGGAAACAAAUCGUCGGCAGAAGUUAAUUGAAAAGGAGGUCAAACUGAGAGAAAAGCAGAGGGCUCAGGCUCGGCCUCUCACCCGAUAUCUUCCUGUCAGGAAGGAUGAUUUUGAUCUCCGAAGUCAUAUAGAAUCUGCAGGCCAUAACAUUGACAUCUGCUACCAUGUGUCACUCACAGAGAAGACAUGUCGGGGGUUUCUUAUAAAAAUGGGUGGAAAAAUUAAAACAUGGAAGAAGAGAUGGUUUGUCUUUGACCGAAAUAGAAGGACAUUAUCAUACUAUGCAGAUAAGCACGAAGCCAAGUUGAAAGGAGUCAUAUAUUUUCAGGCCAUCGAAGAAGUCUAUUAUGACCAUUUAAAGAAUGCACAUAAGAGUCCUAACCCAUCACUUACAUUCAGUGUCAAGACUCAUGACAGAGUGUACUACAUGGUAGCUCCGUCUCCAGAGGCGAUGAGGAUCUGGAUGGAUGUCAUUGUGACUGGAGCAGAAGGUUACACUCAGUUCAUGGUGUGAAUUGCCAUUUGGAAAACUUGUGUUUUUAUUGACUAUACAUUCUAAUUACAGUACAUGGGCGUAACCUAGUUUACAACAUGUAUAUUAACUUGAUCAUGAAAACAGUGUGGCCAAGGGUAAGGUUUAUUAUAUGUUUCAUUUGUGAAAAGCUGUAUUCAGUAUAUAUAACAAAGUGUCUAAUUUGGUAGAAGUGUUUUUAUGACUGGCUGGUAUUCCAGCAUAAACAAUUUAGAUGAUUCUUCUAUGUAAUUUGCAUUUAAAUUAAGUUUUAACAGACUUCAGCAUGAUAUACCAAAUAUGAAGAUGCUGUAUUUUUACAUAAAAUUCUUUAGUACCUUGUAUCUUUUUAUUUGCAGUAAUGUACCCAGUUUAAUUCUGUGACAACUCAGGAACAUACAGGUAUAGUGUUAUGCCUAAAUGUGCCUUAAAGUACCUUUUUAAAGCUAAUUAAUUAGUAAUAUUUUCAGAGAUAUCAUCAGUUUUUUCUUCUUCUCUACAUCCCCUCUCGAGGUUUAGGAACCUGAUCCUAUAUACGAGCCAAAGUUCUUUAAUAGUGUGUGUGUAGAUGAACAUGCAUUAGGAUAUAAGGCCGGGAAGCUGUGUGCAGUGGGUGCUAUACACAAUACGGUACGUAAAAGACAUGUACUGUUCAUUUAGGAUGUCCACAUACUGUACCGGCCAGAAAUGUAUGGAGACAUUUUUAGCAUUGCACAGAGUGGAUGUUUUGACGUUGGGCAAGUGGAGAACUGCUCUUUAGCUUUGUAUACUGUAUUAUACUCUAUUUUUUUAUCAAGCAGUGUUGUUGGAUUAUGUUACAACUUAUUUGUCAGAAGCCUCUUUUUGAAUUGUUUUAUAUUGUGACUGAAAAAAAUGUGCCAGAUGCAAUAAAACCACGUUAUCUGUGGCAUUUAUUACAGUGGUGAGACAAAACUGUAUAUGCUUUUUAAAUGAUUAAACCUUUUGUACUAUAUGUUUGGCUCCCUAUGCUGAAAAAGGUGGAGUCUGCUUUUAUGGGAAAAAAUAGCCUAAUGUUUAUAUGUUUGUAUAUAUGAAAAGGCAUUCUUUUAUCCACAAUAGAUUUUUCCAUCAGCAUUUUAUAUUUAUGGUAUGAAACUGCAUGUUUUUUGCGACACCCAUAUAAAAAUAAAAAAUGGACAACGUUGAUGUGAAUUUGCUUUUAAGUCAUGUAUGCCACUAGAUCCUUUUACACUUCAUCAAAUAGGCAUCUGAAUUGCCAAAACAAUUCAGUUUUUAUACAGUGCCAGUAUAUUCGAGAACUGUCUUUAUUUUUGCGUAUGUGUGUUUUAUUUGUUCUCCUUUCCUUACUGCAAUUUGUCUGCCUAAAUACAAACUUGAAUGUAACACUAUGCACACUAUGAUGUGUGAAAAAGGUGAAAUUUAAAGUUCUUUAGACUUCAAAUGGUUACUCAUGUAUAUUUUCCAUUUUUCUUAAUUUUGUUCACUAUGAUAUUUAUGUUUAUUGUGCAUGCAUUUUAUUUUUGAAAAUAUAUGCAAUAUAUUAUAUAUAUAAAUAAAUACAUUUUAAAAA